CACAACUCCUAACAACCCUUCAUUUCUAAACCUCUAUAUUACUUUCGUAGCAUAAACCACUAGUUACGUUUCUAGCUUUUCUUUCACAAAAACAAACAAACAGACAGCAAUAAUAAUGUGUCCUUCUGGUACGACUUUACGAGCUGCAACCACCGCCGUGGGUUCAGAUUUGAGGCCAGCGUUUAACGUGCUUGAUGUUGAUCACGAUGGCAAGAUUAGCCGUGAAGAUCUCCGCAAGUUUUAUUCUGGCUUUUCAAGCGGUGGUGCUGACGAAGAGGCUAUAAAGACAAUGAUGUCUGUGGCGGAUUUGAACAAAGAUGGGUUCGUUGAGUACUACGAGUUUGAACGUGUUUUGGGGUCUCAGAAAAGGUCUUCUUCAAGAAACGGUGGGGUUAUGGAAGACGUGUUUAGGGUUAUGGACAAGGAUGGAGAUGGGAAAUUGAGCCACGAAGAUUUGAAGAGUUACAUGGAAUGGGCUGGGUUCUCUGCUAACGAUGAAGAUAUUAGAGCUAUGAUUAGAUUGGGCGCUGGUGAUGAAAAAGAUGGUGUGUCCUAUGAUGGUUUGCUUAAGAUUUUGGCUAUUGAUUUUGUCGGCGAAUCUUCUCGAUCGUGUUAAAUUUUUGAGUUUUUUUUUUUUCUUUUUUUGGGGGGGGGGGGGGGGGGGGGGGGGGGGUUUCAUUUCCAUUAUAUUAGUGAAUGGAUCAAAAGGCUACUUUUCAAACCUUUUUUUGGGCAAAAGUGACAAUUUUUGAGAAUGUGAGCUUGACUAGAAUGUUAUGAACCAUGCCAGGUUAGGCCAGGUCGAUUUGGGCUUUGACUGUCCGCUGUGUGUACCUUAAUCCUUAAUAAUUUGCACUCUAUUCGGUA